AGUCAACUGGACAAGAACUCAAGAGAAACAGCUCAUCAACCUGUAGAUCUGGUUCACUACUGAAUAAACAUAAAGCUGCUAUUGGGAAUCCAGUUAACAGCUGGAGGAAAAAAGCCUCAAAGAAAUCUGUGCAAGAUUCUCAACAUCUGAAAAAGCAUGGCAUAUUUCAUUGUGGAAAUCCUCGGACUUAUCCUGGGAGUAGUCGGCACAAUACUUACGAUCAUUGUUACAUCCAUGUCGCAGUGGAGAGUGUCGUACAUGGUUGAAGGUAAUGCACUGAACUGCGAUAAACGUAUUGAUGGUCAAUGGCUGAGUCGUUGGGAUGGGUUAUGGCUUACCUGUGUGACCAAAAAUGACAAUAGUAUGCAAUGCACCAACUAUAACUCCUUGGUAUCUAUCACAUCUGACUUAAAGGCUGGAAGAGUUCUUAUGGCAUUUGCUGUCGUACUGUCCAUCAUUGGACUUAUCAUUGCCUUAUUUACGCUACUGUGUCUUCGAUGGUGCAAAAGAGCAGAAGGUGGUCGGCACUGCUUGCUUAUUACUGCAGGGAUCGCAUUUCUUCUUGCUGGACUUCUUGUUCUCAUUCCUAUUAGCUGGGUGACCAGCAACAUCAUCAGAGAAAUCAACAACCCAAUGUGCAAAACAAUUCAGCGUCAAGAAAUCGGAGAGGCGCUUUUCCUUGGCUGGCCCACCCUGAUCUUCCUGUUGAUUGCAGGAGCAAUAUUCUGCUGGCAAUGUCCACAUAAAGAGAAGUGCAAGAGCAUUGAAUAUUCAUCACAAACCUCCUUACCCAGACCAGUGUAUAUACCUUGUCAAACACAAGAAAAAACCCUGAGCCAAUGUCACUAUUCUAGGAGUCAGUACAUCUGAUGAGUUUUUGAGAAUACCUUCUUAGCAGUUGAAGAAGUUCCACAACAAGAAGAAAAUAAAAAACAUGGACAAAUGCACUGAGCACUAAAAAGCCACGUUUGAAUGUAACAUCAAGAUCACCAGUGUUCUAUUUUUUAUUUUUUUUGUUAGUUAAAGUAUAUAAGUAUCGGUAUUUAUUUUAUAGAAAAACAAAACACUUUGG